AUGGGGGACGCGGCCGGGGCAGGAGACCUGCUGGACUUGGGCCCCGCGGACAAGCCCACGACGGCGGCCAGCGCCUCCGCCGAGCCGCGGAGCGCCGCCGCCCCUGCCGCGGAGGAGCUGGCCGACAUCUUCGAGGCGCCCGCCGCGCCCGCGGCUGGCGGCGCCGUCGAGGCCGCCCCGCUCGGGGACGACCUCCUCGAGCAGCCCGCGCCCGCUGCGGCGGGCGGCGGCGCCGCCGCCGCCCCGCUCGGGGACGACCUCCUCGAGGCGGCCGCGCCCGCGGCGCCCACGGCGGCCGCGGCCGCGGCCGACGCGUUCGGGGACGACGACUGGGACGCGUUCCAGAGCGCACCCACCGGCGCGGGGCCGGCCGCGGCGGCUCCGGCCGAGGCCGCCGACGGCGGGGCGGGCGCAGGCGCCGCGGCGGCGCCUGGCAGCGCCGAGGCCGAGCUCUUCGACCCGGUGGUGGCGCCGAGCGAGGCCCCGAAGACCCCGGACCCCUACAGCGGCCUCGUAGACGCGCUGGAGAAGAAGCACGCGGGCGCGGGCGCCGACAGGGGGGCCGGCGGAUCCUUCGGGGCGAACGACGAGUUCGACCCCGUGGCGCAGGCCUGGGCGAAGGGGCAGACCGAGGCCCCCGGGCAGGCGCAGCCCCCGGCGGCGACCAGCAGCGCGGUCGCCGGGGAGGACUUCGACCCGGACCCGCUCGCGCCGGAGCGGCCCAAGCCGGUGCCGGUGCCAGCCGGUGGCGGCGGGCCGGGCGGGGAUUUGCUGGGCAUCGGCGGCGGCGCCACUGGGAGCGGCGCGCCCGCAGCGGAGGACGAUGACUUCGUCUUGGACGCGACACACGGUAUCGACCUGGAGCCGGAGAAGAAGCAAAUUUUCGUGUACUUCAAGGGCGAGAAGAACGUGGUCGGAUGGUACUCGGACGACAUGAAGGCCGGAGAUAUCAAGGAGGCCGUCCUGUGCGCAUGCGACGCCAUCAUCGACGGAGGCUUCGUCUUGAGGGAGGUGGUUUUCACGGGCGACGACGAGUCCACCGCCGAGCCCGCCGAGGACGGGAAGACCUUCGACUACGAGGACUUCGGCGACCUGCAGCACGGGCAGACCUACAUCAUAGAAGCGGCGCAGGAGCGCGACGACCUGAAGAAGUUCACUGGCGACAGGUGGCGCCGCCUCAAGGUUCAGGUCGAGCCCCUCCUCCACGUAGAGGCCGUCAAGGCGAUCGACCGGAUGAAGCGAGGGUCGAAUCUGCUGAAGCACACCCACUACGGCUUUCCCCACCUCAGGCAGUUCCAGUUGAGCGACGACCGCAAGCGCCUGAUCUGGUAUUCAGGCGCUAAGCGAAAGGAGGACUCCGUAAUUCAGCUCGAGGAUGUGAUUGAGAUUAGACUGGGGCAGUCAACCCCGGUCUUCUUGCACUAUCGCUUGCCAAUGCUUGAGCACCUCUCGUUCUCCCUGGUCUACGGCGCGAAUGGAUCGAAGUCCUUGGACUUGACCUGCAAGGACGAGAUUCGACCACUGGGUCACUGGACUGAAGGCAAUCUUCUACCAUUUCAAGAAUAA